GUUUUCGGAAGUUUUUAGAAUUUGAGUUCUCUCUCCUACUUUCUCUCUCUAAAUGUGAAUGUAUAAUUAUCAGCUGAUUUUCACCUGAAAUCAACAACAGCAACACAAAAAAUCCCCUCUUUGAAGUCACUUAACUCAUUCGUGGAUCACAAAAGUUCUGAUUUGGGGUGAGUUUGAGGAUCGGAUCAUUGUGGUUCAUAGACAAGAUUAGGGUUUAGAGAGUUUGUAUGGAUUUUUAGUUUUAAAUUUGGAAUGUUUAGGUGAAGGUUGUUGAAUGGGAAUGCAGACAAUGGGAUCUCAAGGUGAUGGUAGUAGACAUCAUAAGCAAUCUCAGUUCCAGCCAUUGUCACGGCAAAACACAAUGUACAGUCUUACUCUUGAUGAGGUUCAAAAUCAGUUGGGUGACUUGGGAAAACCCCUAAGCAGCAUGAAUCUUGAUGAACUUCUCAAAAACGUGUGGACAGUGGAGGCUAACCAGACAGUGGAGGCUAACCGGACUACAGGUUUGGAAGUGGAGGGCACACCAUUCACCAAUCAAACUGCUCUGCAACGUCAGGCAAGCAUAUCAUUAACUAGUCCUCUGAGCAAGAAGACAGUUGAUGAGGUCUGGAAAGACAUCCAACAAAGCAAACAUGAUGGGGAGAUGAAGUCUAGGGAGCGGCAGCCUACUCUGGGAGAGAUGACUUUGGAGGAUUUCUUGGUAAAAGCAGGAGUUGUAGCUGAAGCAUCUGUGGACAAGAAAGAUGGUGGUUCUGUUGUUGCGGUUGAUACACAUGCAGCACAACAGUUUCUGCAACAAAGUCAAUGGGUGCAAUACCCACCACAUCCACAGUAUCACCAUCCACAACAAAGCAUGAUGGGGGUUUAUAUGCCAGGCCGGCCUAUGCCACAGCCACUUCACAUGGGGGCUGGUUCUAUGGUGGAUGUUUCAUACCCAGAGAACCAGGUGACGUUACCUCCACCCUUGAUGGGGACUUUAUCAGAUACACAGACACCUGCAAGAAAAAGAGGUGUGCCAGAGGAUAUGAUUGGGAAAACAGUUGAGAGGAGGCAGAAGAGGAUGAUAAAGAACCGCGAAUCUGCCGCCCGUUCACGAGCACGGAAGCAGGCUUACACAAAUGAGCUGGAGAACAAAGUUUCUCGGCUGGAAGAGGAAAAUGAAAGGCUAAGGAAACAAAGGGAGCUUGAGAAUAUGUUGCCAUGUGCCCCUCUCCCCGAGCCCAAGUAUCAGCUUCGCAGAACAGCAUCAGCCCCAUUCUGACUGUGUUGAAGUUUUGUAGAUAUGAUGCAUUUCUGGUUUUAGCUCAUAAUUUACUCUUUGGCCCCUCUAGAAGCAGCUGUUUGUCACGGUUACUGCUGUGAGUUUGCUUCUCAUCUUCGUGAGUAUUUUCUUGUAUCUAUUCUGUGAAAAGCUGGUUAGAAAUUUUCAUUUGUAAGAUUUUUCAAAAGAAUGUUAGUUGGUUCUUUUCCAUAUGGUCAGUAUACUUUUCUAGCUUCUUUCAGCCUCACAAUA